AUGAAGGGGUAUAUUGAUGCUGAGCUAAUAACCAUCCGAGGACCAACAAAUGAAGACCUGGAUGCUAUGUACGUUUAUUCUGGAAGACAUGGCAAUCCGGGUAUAUCUUACAGUUACUAUGUCCCUGGAAAUGGGAAAAGUACAACCUUCAAAUGGAACCAAACGAUCGACAGCGAAUGCAGUACCACAUGUGCCGGAGCUUUGCAAAUAAAGAAAGAAAAUGAAAUCACCAAAUCGUGCUUGUAUUUCACGUCUAGUGUUUCUUGUAGUUUUUUUCUUUUCUCAUAUUCACACAGAUAUAAGUUGGGGGCUUGGAGUCCAUGUUCUGAAUUUUGUGGAGGUGGUCAACAGCAAAGAAAUUUUACAUGCGUACAAGUCAUAACACAGAAGUACACCAAAAUUUUACCAGCUCCUAGUUGUAACCAUUUGUCAAAACCGGGCAGUUCGAAAAAUUGCAACAAUAUAGAUUGCAUGCCUCAAUGGGUUACUGGUGAAUGGACACAGUGCUCGGUUCCUUGUGGUGGUGGUGGCACCAAAACACGUCGGGUGGAAUGUAAGAGAAAGCUUAGUAAUGGUUCCUGGAUUGCUCUGCCAGAUGAUCAAUGCACUGAGAAGCCAUCUUCUCAAAUAUCAUGCAAUCAUGUGCCUUGUUACAAGUGGCGAGUUCAGUAUCCGUGUGCCAGCUGCGGAGGUUCGAAUAUGAGUUACUUUCCGAUUGGCUGUUUCAAGGACAAACACAGCAGUGAACGACCGUUAGAGAAACUGGUUGCAAAUCUUCGUGGGGGCAUUGACUGGUAUCACAUGGAGAAAACAAUAAGGAAAUGUGCCAAGGAUGCUUGGAGUAAACACUAUGAUGUCUUUGGAAUCCAGUUCUACGGAGAAUGUUGGUCGGGUGCCGAAGGCUAUAAAACCUACGAUAAGGAUGGUUUUAAUUUGCAAGGUUGUUGGGAAGGAGUGGGGAAGUCAAGUAAUAACUAUGUAUACGCCUUCACUAGCAUGGUUACCCAGCCACGUGUUGAUUGCAUCUACACAGCAAAUGGACAGAUUGUCCCGGAUGACAAAUGCACUGCCUCAAGGCCUUCACCUAAAAUGAAACGUUGCUCUGAUGCGUGCAGGACUUAGGCAAAAUACGAAAAAACAGUUCUCUUAAAGGAAUAAGGUCGUUCCCGAUGAUAGAAGAAUCCUAGAGGCCGCAAAGACAAGUUUGAUCCAGUUCCAUAAUGAUUGUUUCUUCAAUGAUAUAAUAUUUUUUUUAGUUUUGUAAAAUGGGAAAUACCUGAUAAUAAACUGCGAAUUAAGGUGUAACA